CGAUCACGAAGUCCUUGCUUCUAUGCGCGAAUGCUUAAAGUCAUUGGACUGAUGAUAUUCUGGUCAUCGGUAAGUCUGCAAAACUAGACUAUAGCUCAAAAAUCAACGACAGUAUUCGAAAUGCAGCCGAUAUCAGCACUCCGUCGCGUUCCCGCCUCGCAGGCAUGCAAAUCUGCCCGGACACAACAGCUCUUUGUUCAAGCAAGGAGAUCAUACGGAGACAAAGCUGCCCCUUCAAGACCAGAAGCUCAAAGUCAGAAUAGCAGAUUACCACUAUAUGCACUAGGCUUCGCUGUCUGCUGGGUCCCAUUCUACUACUUCUUCCACUCCAACAAGCCACCCAGAUCCGAACAGGCGAAGAUCGAGGCUGCAAGGCGAGAACGUGGUACAGAAAACGAAACACGAGAUCCGAGAGAUAGCGAGAUAAAGACCUUGGAACAGAAAAAGGCCAUGGAGAACAAGAAUAAAUGA